AUGUUGGGAGCUCCAGCCAGGCAGCGCCGCAUGGUGUCGCUGGGCAAGGUGGCCGCGCCCAAGCCCAUCAACUUGCCCAGCCAGAAGAAGGAGAACAACGGCAAUGAUCCCACUGUGAACCUAAUCAGCAAGGGCAGCGGGUGGGGCACCGCCAGCGGCGGCUAUGGCGGCGGCGACGACGCCUCCGCCUCCAAGCAGCACGCUCCGGAGCGCGCGAUUCCGGCCCAGCCGACGCCUGCAUGGGGCGGCGCGGGGCUCCCCGAGGAGCGCAAGAAGCAGGUGGAGAUGGCCAGCCAGCAGGAGUUCCCGGUGCUGGGCACCGAGCGAGGGCAGGGGCACGAGGGCGGGCACGGGCGCAUGGGGCACCCCUACGGCGACGACCCGCACCGCCGCCCCUGGGACGCGGACGAGCGCAGCUACGCAGGCCCGCCAGAGGAUGGGCCGUACCGCGGCCGGUACUACGACCGCGAGCGCUUCGACCGCUUUGACCGCCCGUUGCCGUACGACCGCCACUUUGAGCGCGGACCGCCGCGUUACGAUGGGCCACCGGAGGGCAAGCCGGGUUCUGAGCGUGUGCAGUUUGGGCGGUGGCUUGCAGGCCCGUAUGAGCGGGAGCGGUACGAGCGGCACGGCCCGCCGCCUGGCGACCGCGACAGGUACGCCCCGCCACGCCACUAUCCACCCCCAGAGUUUGAGGAGGGCUACGGGCCGCCGCGCAGGGCCUAUUAUGAUGGUCCUCCAGAUGAGCGGGAGUACGGCUACCACCAGCGCCACUCGUAUGACCGCGACGCGCCACCGCCCCACAGGGGCCCGCCGCAGCGGGGGCCCUACCCCCGGGAUGAGCGCGAGUGGGUCGAGCACCAGCGUGGCGGGCCGCCCGAGCCGCAGGCGCCGCUGCAGCGCCCGCCCCAGAGCACCACCCACCCAGACGUGCCGUACGGCAUGCGGCCGCCCCCCCCACCGCCGCCUCCGCCGCGGCGGCCGCAGGGCGAGGGCGCCCCCGCCCUGGAGCGCAGCGCCAGCCUGGCCAGCAGCGCGUCCAGCGCGCAGCAGAGCGACAGCACCCUGGCCAGCAGCAGGCUGGCCACGCUGGGCAGCUCCAUGCCGCGCAGCGAGCCCGGCAGCCUGGCGGAUGCGGCGGAGGUGCAGCAGCGGCAGCAGCUGGAGCGGCAGGAGGCGGCGGCCGCCGCCGCCGCCGCGGAGCAGCAGCACCACCACCACGCCCAGCAGCAGCAGCAGCAGCAGCAGCAGCAGCAGCGCCUGGCGCCCAGCCCGCGCGCCGCACCCACCCGCAUCUUGAAGCGCGACCCCGCGGCGGCGGCGGCGGCGGCGGCGGCGCCAGAGGCCGCCAACGGCCUGUCCCAGCUGCAUGCCGGGGCCGGCCAGCAGCAGGCGCCGGGCGUGCUGGCGCGCCCACGCCAGCCGCGCCCGGCCCAGCCUCCCGUCAACCUGCCCUCUCAGGCCGACAUCAUGGACCACCUGACCUCGCCGCCGCAGCAGCAUGCGAUGGGCAUGCCCGCUGCGCCGCCGGGCCCGCACCAGCAGCAGCAGCAGCAGCCCGGCACGCACGGCGGCGGCGGUGGCGCGGUGGCCGCCAUUGCGCGCAGCAUGCUGCCGCACGGGCCCAUCGCGCCCGGCAUGCCGGUGCCUGGGGCGGGCCCGCCGCACCACCACCACCACGCGCAGCACCAGCCCGUGUCGGUGAUGGCCAGCUUUGGGGGCCCUGCGGGGGCUGCCGUGGUGCGGGGGCAGGCGGUGCAGCAGCAGCAGCAGCAGCACUCAGCCGUGGUGCUGGGCCACCCUCUCCUGGCAGCCCAGCAGCGGCCGGGGGUGCCACCCCCUUCACCUGUCAUGGCCUUUGGGGUGGGGGCGAUGCAGCAGCAGCAGCAGCAGCAGCAGCAGGCGCAGCAGCAGGCGCAGUUUGGGGGCGGCCCGCCCCUCCGCUCGCCCCACGCGCAGCCCCCGGUGCGCUACGGCGCGCCGGUGCAGGCGCCGCCGCCGCGGCAGCAGCAGCUGGUUCAGUUUGGUGCCAUCCAGCUGCCCACCGCCAUUGACGGCAGCGUGGAGGCUGAGGUGUCGCCAGCUGGCUCCAGCGGGGCGCCCGCCAUGUCAGCAGAGGCCCAGCACGCCUACAUGCAGCACAAGGCCGCCGAGCGCGCCCGCCUCCUGCAGGAGCAGCAGCAGGCGGGCAUGCGCCGGCAAGAGGUGCCAGCCAGGCGCAGCGGCCCCGACGUCGUGCCCAUCGUGUCGCCGCCGCCGCCGCCGCCGCCGCCGCCUCGCGGCGCCGGGCCGCCGCCGCCGGCAGGAGGCAGGGGCGGGCGUGGCAGGGGGCGGGGCGGCGGCGCGCAGCAGGCGGCGUUCGCCCUCGCACCCUCAAUCGGCGCCGGCGAGGGCAACGGCAGCACGCCUGCGUCGGAGCAGGGAGGCAAGCCCAAGCGCCCGCGUGGCGGCCGCAAGCUCAAGGCGCCCGCAGGCGGCGAGGAGGGCGCGGCGGCCGCGCCGGCGCCGGCGCCGGGCCCCACCCCCGCCAUGGCUGCCGCGGAAGGCGGCGCGGGCGGCAAGCGAGCGGUGCUGGUGGUGCCCAAGCGCAAGCCGCCGCAGGCAGCGGCAGAGGGUGGAGCAGCAUCGGGGCCCGCGGCAGGCUCAGCGCCGCCGCCUGGCCUGGGCGGCCCGCCAGGGGGCAAGAAGGCAGGAGGUGGCAAGCCGCCGCCGGGCCUCAGCAAGGGUGGCAGCGGCGCCGCCGCCGCCGCAUCCGCCCCGGCAGCCGAGGGCGAGGGUGGCGCGGCCUCAGAGGCCAACGGAUCGGCGGCAGGCGCCAAGCCGCGCAAGCCCCGCGGCAGCCGCGGCAAGGGCGGCAAGAGCGGAUCGCCCGGGGCCGAGGGCGGCGAGGCAGGGCCCGGCGCAGCGCCAGCAGAGGCGUCUGCCGCCGCCGCCGCUGCAGGCAACGGCGUGGCUACCCCCGGAGCGGACGGGGAGCCGCCUGCGGCCGCGGGCGGCAGCAAGGGCAGGGGGCGCGGGCGCAGCGGUCGCGGCAGCGGCGGGCGUGGCGGCGGCGCCCCCGGCGGCCGCCUCGGCAUCCAGGCGCUGUCUGCCGCCAUCCGCGGCGGCACACCCACCGGCGGCGAGCCCGCGGCGGCCUGA